AUGAAGUUAUUCACUCUUUCCAAUUAUAUCUUUGCAAGUCAUGCGUUCCUCGCUUUAUACCUAUUCCGCGCCUUUUCAACCAAUGACAAUUUUUAUGCAGCCAUACAAUCACUUGCAGUACAAAAACCAGCAGUUGUUGCAAUAUACAAUUAUUGUUUCAUACUAUUCCUGGGCUUGUGCGAAUUAAUCAUGCUGAUAUUCUUUGGGCAGCUUAGGCAUUUGGAACUUGAACAAAUCGUGGAGCAGGGAAGAGGAUUCUUUAUGGAUGCAGUGCUGUUUCUAGUGUUAUCUAAACCACUUAUAAACGGAAGGGAAAUUGACACGUUGAAGUUGAUCAAAUGCCUCUGUUGUUUGAUAGCCCUAAAGGGGUAUCAUCUCGUACUGUUUAUACGUUCGUUACACAUCUUUCAAACAGGAAUACCCAGAGUGACUACGAUGCUAAGAAAUCUUAUAGUGAUGUACAUACUGACACUUAUUGAUUUAUCACUAAUAUUCCUUUUUUACUCUAUGUCCACCGAAAAGUCCACAUUUUACAUGUGGCUACUGUUUGAAUGCAUUGGGAUGUUCCAAGGCAUAUUGUGUUGUAUGUCCAAGUACCUAAUUAACCUGGCAGAUAUUAUCCUUAUACAUGGAUUAUCGCAAAAAUCGGCUUAUUUGUUCUAUCUAGAUUUUCUACAUGACUUUAUAAGCUUGUUGAUAUUCGUCGGAUUUAUGACUGUGUUCUUUCUUCUAAAUCCCACAAGUUUGCCCCUGUACAUGCUGGUGGACGUUAUACAGGUUAUACGAAAUUUAGCGGCAAGAAUGGCCACACUGUUUAAGUACAGGAAACUCACCAAGAUUAUAGAGUUGAGAUUCCCCAAUGCCACCCCUGAGCAAGCGGAAUCUCAAGAUACCUGUAUUAUUUGCCGCGAAAAACUAGAUGAAACUUGCAAAAGCUUAGACUGCUCCCAUAUUUUUCACUACCAAUGUCUCAAAUCAUGGCUAAUACACCAAAUAUCAUGUCCCCUAUGCCGAAAGGAGAUUGUAUAUCUGGAUCCUGUAGAACUGCUAGAGGAAAUGUACCUAUCUGAAAAUGUGGAAAAUUUGCUUAAGAAGAUCAUAGAAAAGGAUAUAAACCAAGAUCCUUUCGAGCAAUUUAACCUCACACUUCAGGGUUAUACAAAUGCUAACAAAAGUGGCAAUGAACAAUUGUAUGAUGUGGAACAAUUGAGCGACUUAAAACAAGUUUAUCGGGCAAUGAUUGCUUCAGUAGAUUCUUGCAUUGAUUUGAUUACAAAGUUUACUACAAUAGAACCCCAAUCUCCUAGCUUUGCAUCUGCAUUGGGAGUUGUAUCGCUUGACCAAUUCGAGAGGUAUAUUUUGUUAUCUGAAUUGCCUGAUUCACAUUCCAUAGGUGACUCCAGUGAUACAAAUGAUACUGUUGAUGAUAAUACAUCGGCUAAAAUUAGUAGCAUUGAAAGACGAAUGAAUUUGCCUGUAAAAUUAGGGGUGAACCCGUCUUAUAUGGCUUCUGUGCUGGGAUACAGGAUGCGGGUGAUCGAUUCCAUGGUGAGAGCGGUCAAGGCGUUGAGCUCCAAUGAAACCAAUUAA